AAGGGGACAUCACGCAGCUGGCCAUCCAAUUCCAAGAUAAGCUUGGGAAUGUCUGCGAGGGGAAUACCAAACUUGGGGUCAUUCGCCGGGAGCUGCCAAAGCAGCUUUGAGCAGGACAUGUCUUCAAUAUGGAAGCAGGGAAACAAGCUUUGAGGAAUAUCAAUUCACUUUCUUUGUUCUCUAACAUAGAAGUAAACCCACGACCUGAUGAAAAGAAUGAAGGAGGAAUCAUUGUUGAGAUCAAGCUUAAAGAAUUGGAACAGAAAUCAGCUGAAGUAAGCACAGAAUGGAAUAUCGUGCCUGGACAUAACGGACGGCCGACACUGGCAUCAAUUCAACCUGGUGGAACUGUUUCAUUUGAACACAGGAACAUCAAUGGAUUGAACAGAUCGAUAGUUGGUUCUGUGACAUCUACCAAUCUGCUAAAUCCUCAGGAUGAUUUGUCUUUUAAGCUUGAAUAUGUGCAUCCGUAUGUGGAUGGUGUGACCAACCCUCGCAACUGGACCUUUCGUGCUAGCUGCUUUAACAGCCGGAAGUUAAGUCCUGUUUUCACCGGUGGGCCAGGUGUUGAUGAAGUUCCACCAGUGUGGAUUGACAGGGUGGGCUUAAAAGCAAAUAUAACGGAGAACUUCACUAGACAAAGCAAAUUCACUUAUGGACAUGUGAUGGAGGAGAUUACAAUGCUUGAUGAAACUAGUAGUAUUUGUACUCAUGGUGUCCGUGCAUUGCCAAAUGGUGGUUUAAGCAUGAAUGGGCCCCCAACAACCCUCAGUGGUACUGGCAUUGACCGCAUGGCAUUUGCACGAGCAAAUAUAACUCGCGAUAACACAAAAUUUAUAAAUGGUGCAAUUGUUGGUCAAAGAGAUGUUUUUCAGUUAGACCAAGGCCUUGGAAUUGGGAGCAAUUUUCCUUUCUUCAAUCGACACCAACUCACAUUAACCUGCUUCGUCCCGUUGAAGCAAGUCGAGGAAGGCGUCGGCAAGUCACCACCACCUGUUCUUGUUCUGCAUGGACAUUAUGGUGGCUGUGUGGGAGACCUCCCAAGUUACGAUGCUUUCACUCUUAGAUGACCCUACUCCGUAAGAGGAUACAACAUGGGCGAGUUGGGUGCCUGCAGAAACAUCCUCGAGCUCGCUGCCGAACUGAGGAUCCAGGUGAAGAACACCUAUAUAUACGCAUUUGCAGAGCACGGGAAUGAUCUUGGUAGUUCUAAGGAUGUCAAAGGAAACCCAACCGAGUUCUUCCGUCGGGCACGGCAUGGCUCAUCGUAUGGCGCCGGUAUGAAGCUUGGGAUGGUGAGAGCAGAGUAUGCAGCCGAUCAUAACUCAGGGACAGGUGCAGUAUUUUUUAGGUUUGGAGAAAGGUUUUGAGUCACAUUACUGUGACAGUUUUGAGUCACAUGAGAGGAGAUUAGCGGACAUUUUGUCACGAGUUUCUAAGAAAUGAAGCUU